AUGCGCUGUGGAUUCCUCUGCCGAUUCCUGUGGCUUUGGCCCUAUUUGUUCUACACAGAAGCUGCGCCCAUCCAGAAAGUCCAGGAUGACACCAAAACCCUCAUCAAGACGAUUGUCACCAGGAUCAAUGACAUUGCACACACGCGGUCGGUCUCCUCCAAACAGAGGGUCACUGGUUUGGACUUCAUUCCUGGGCUCCACCCCGUCCUGAGUCUGUCCAAGAUGGACCAGACAUUGGCAGUUUACCAACAGAUCCUCACCAGCCUGCCUUCCGGGAAUGUGCUCCAAAUAUCCAAUGACCUGGAGAACCUCCGGGACCUGCUCCACCUGCUGGCCUCCUCCAACAGCUGCCCCUUCCCCCGGACCAGGAGUCUGAAGACCUUGGAGGGCCUGGACGAUGUCCUAGAAGCUUCACUCUACUCCACCGAGGUGGUGGUCCUGAGCAGGCUGCAGGGGUCUCUGCAGGACAUGCUACAGCAGCUGGACUUCAGCCCUGGGUGCUGA